CGUUUUCUCUAUUCUGAAUUCCGGCCUCUCAAAGCGUUUCUCUUCUUCGCUACGGCCUUCGGCUAGUUUACAACGCCAUUUUGAAGCUACUUUGAGAUUCAGACUGUUUUCUUCUAUAAUUAGUUAUUUGACGAUCUAAGCCAUCUAAAUGAAAGUGUAAUUCUUACAAGGAAUAUUUUGAUCUGCAGAACCAUGGCAGAUAAUCAGUAUGGAGGCUACGGCGCAUCAGGGGGGUACGGAGGGUACUCGGGCUACAACCAGGCACCCCCCUCGGCGGGCGGAGCGUCUCAGGGAGGUGGUGGCUACGGCUCGCAGAGCUACGAUCAAUCAGGCAGUGCCGGGGGCGUGAGUAGCUACUCGCAGCCGCCCCCCUCGCAGGGCCAGUCAUCGUGGGGCGGACAAGGUCAGGCUUAUGGAUCCUCAGCUACCUAUCAAAUGGCGGCAUCUGCCGCGCUCGGCACAGGUGGUUACUCUGCUCCCUCUUACAACCAGUCGAGCCAGUCAUCCGGCUACCAGCAGCCCCCGCCUUCCUCCGGGGGCGGCUACGGCUCUAGCGGAGGCGGCGGCUAUGAUAGCGGCAGUGGCGGUGGCUAUGGUAGCGGAGGCGGUGGAGGCGGCGGUUACGGAAGUAGCGGCGGAGGCGGGUAUGGAUCUAGCAGUGGAGGCGGUGGUGGAGGUUAUGGCAGUGGGGGUGGUGGAGGCGGCUACUCCAGUGGAGGUGGUGGAGGCGGUGGCUAUGGCAGCCGUGGAGGCGGUGGAAGCGGGGGCGGAGGUGGUUUCAACAGUGGCAGCAGGGGUGGUUUUAAUAAAGGAGGCGGCGGUGGAGGUGGAGGUCGCGGGGGCGGUAGUGGUGGAGGCGGAGGCGGAUUCGACCGCGGUGGUGACGACUAUAUUGUCCAGGAGGACACUGUUUUCGUGUCGGGUAUGACUGCCGAAACCUCAGAGAACGACAUCAAAUCGCAUUUCGGCUCCAUCGGCAUUAUCAAAACUGACAAGAGGACAGGCAAGGCGAAGAUAUGGAUGUACAACGACAAGGUGACCGGACGGCCGAAGGGUGAAGCCACUGUCACCUAUGACGACAGCAAUGCUGCUCGCUCAGCUAUCAACUGGUUUGACGGCAAAAACUUCAACGGCGCAACAAUCAAAGUGCAGAUGGCGACGAAGAAGGACAACUUCACGGGCGGUCGUGGCCGGGGAGGCGGUGGUGGAGGUGGCGACAUGGGAGGCCGCGGGGGCGGUCGUGGAGGUGGUGGCCGUGGAGGCGGCGGAGGCUACAGGAAUGACAGGAAUGGAGAUGGAGGCGGCGGAAGGUCAAGCGGCGGCGAUCGCGGAGGCGGUGACAGGGGGGGCAGUGGGUUUGGAGGUCGAGAAGGUGAUUGGAAGUGCCCGAACCCCGACUGCAGCAACACCAACUUCGCGUGGCGUCAGCUCUGCAACCGGUGCAACGAGCCGAAGCCGGGCGGCGCUUAUGCCGGGGGCAGUGGAGGCGGUGGCGGAGGCGGUGAUCGCGGCGGACGUCGUGGAGGUGGCAUGGACCGGGGUGGUGGCCGCGGAGGCGGCGGACGUGGCUUUGGAGGCGGCGGCGGUGGAUUUGGCGGAGGCCGUGGCGGUGGAGAUAGGGGAGGUCGCGGGGGCGGACGUGGAGGUCCCAUGCGAGGAGACAGUGGUGGAAGGGACCGUAGCAGGCCGUACUAAUUCUGUAGCAUUUAAAUCUUUGGCCAGUUUACAAACUUAUGGAGCUCCGUUUAAGCGACGGAUUUUAUUCUACCUAUUAUUGCGUCCAAAGUGAUACAGUGUUGUUUUUAUUAGUCUGGCUAUGAUGAACAGUAAACUUGUAUUUAAUAAUUUGUAACAUUAAAGGAAAGUAAGUUUUAAGAGAUUUUAAGUACGAAAUUGAGGUUAUGAUGAAAUGUGAAUUGCAAAGUUGUAAUUUUGACUUACUUCUUCACCACUUUGUAUAAGCGUUUUUAUAUUAAAAGUAUAAAUAUCAAAAA